UUUGCACAUUCAGCAUGAAAUCACAACUACUAUGUACCAUCAUGCUAAUAUAAAUACCACAUAAGAAUUUUUCAAUUCAUUCACUUAUCUGUGGGAAGUUGUAAGAAAUGGAACAGUGGAAGAAUAAAGUCGCGGUUGUAACAGGAGCCUCUGCAGGAAUUGGGGCAGCAGUUGUGAAGGAUCUUGCAAAGGCGGGAAUGAUAACAAUUGGCUUAGCAAGAAGAGUUGAAAGAGUAGAGGCCCUCAAAAAGGAUCUUCCGCCAAAUCUUCAAGAAAAUCUUCAUGCUGUGAAAUGUGAUGUGUCGAAAGAAGAAGACAUUGUGAGAGUUUUCUCUGAAAUUGAUGCGAAAUUCAAUGGAAUUGACGUUUUAAUUAACAAUGCCGGGAUUUUACGUUACACAGAACUCAUCAAAAAGGAUAAUUCUGUUCCUGUGCGCAAGGUGAUCGACACAAAUGUUCUAGGUGUAGUCUUUUGCACGCGUGAGGCUUACAAAUCAAUGGAGAAGCACGGAAGAAAUUCUCAUGUUGUCCAUAUUAAUAGUAUUGCUGGUCACAAUUUAUUCUUUCCACCGGAAGGAUCAUUUAAUAUUUAUCCUGCAAGUAAAUUCGCCGUCACCGCAAUAACUGAAAUCCACCGGCAGGAAUUUAUAAAGAGCACGCAUCACAUUAAAGUGACUUCCGUGAGCCCGGGUUUAGUUAAUACAGAAAUAUUUUUGCCUGAACAUAAGGAAAUGAUUUCCAAGAUGCCCGCUCUUGAACCCGAAGACAUUUCUCAGAGUAUUUUGUAUGUCCUUGGCACACCGCCACGCGUUCAAGUUCACGAAUUAACAAUCAAACCGUUUGGUGAAAUGUAUUGAGGUAUUGAGCUUUUAAAUAUGUAUCGUUCUAAAAGCUCUUAAUAUACAUUAUGUAUGUGAUCUGUUAUGUUAAUUAAAUUAACAUAUUUAAAUCAACAAAUUGAGAAAUAUUCUAUGAGAAUAAUUUGUUGAAUUUCUGCUUGUUAAUUUAUAAGAGCUUCGAAGAGGGUCACAAAAAGAGCUUUCAUGAGUUAUUGAAGCAGCAAAAAAGAAGUUAAAACUGUAUUAUGCAUUUCCAGUUGGAGUUUUGCAUUUGAUUUAAAUAAAAUUCAACUUUGAAGAACCUCUGAAAAUUUUAUUUGUAACCUUUGUGCUUCUUGAGGACCGGGAAUGAUUUCUUGCAUUAAUUUUACACUUUUUUCAGAAAUUUCUUAUUUUCUUUUGUAUUAAAAAAACAUACAAGGAUUCACAGGAUCAAAAACUAAAAAAAAAUUUUUACUAAAACUUCUUUACUCAAUUGGCAAUUUUAAUUCUUUUAGAGUGCAUAAAAAUUGCAUAAAAUGUUUUAGUUCUCAUAAACUUCAAUCAGAUUCUGUUAAUGAGCUUUAGAACAUUUUACGCGAACUUUCAACAAAAUUAGUUGAAAAUGGACUUUUUUAGACAAAUUCCGGAAAUUAAUGAAAAAAAUCUUAGAAUAUCAGAGUUAAUUUCCCUCAAAGUUUGCGUACUUUGCAAAAAAAAAAACAUUUUCUUAUUUUAAUAUGUACUAAAUACAUACAUUGCGGUCUCUAAAGGAUUAAACAAUGUUUGUUUUAUGCGUUUUAUGUAUACAUACUAUGCAAACAGUCAGUAGAAUAUGCACAAAAAUUACAAGAGGUUCAAAAAAGUAUCAUAAUAUUGAACAAAUUGUGCAUCAUUCGCAUUUAAAUAUCAUGUUAAGCAAUCAUAAAUAUUAUAACUUCCAUUAAUUAUGUAAAUUAUGCAGAUAAGUAAUUUAAUAAUUAAUAAAUUGAUCUUGAAUUUUGCCAA